CUGAAAGGUAUAGGCCAGCCAACCAUUCAAACAGUGUGAAAAACCCAUCACAAGCCCACAUUUUUCCCCAUCUUCAGCUGGUUUUCUCUCCCAAAUCAAUCAAACAGCAAAUAGAUUUGUAAUCCACUGAAUACAAGAUCAUCUCCCCUCUCCUCCAUAUAAAAACAACUCGUGAUCUUCAUGGACUGCCAAUCAAGGUAUACAAAAAACUCACCAAAUAAUUCAAAUUAUGGGUGCUUCUUGGGUUGUCUUGGGUAAUCGUCGACAUAGUCUUCUUCUUCUUUUUCUUCUUCUUCUUCUGCGUCUGUUUUGUAGCUCGGGUUCAGAAAUUGUGACAAUUGAUAUUCAUAAAGCUAAAGAUCUCCUCCAUUCGGGUCAUCAGUAUCUCGAUGUCAGGACUGAAGAAGAGUUUAAGAAGGGGCAUGUAGAGAACUCUUUGAACAUUCCUUACAUGUUCAACACCAAGGAAGGCAGAGUAAAGAACCCCAAAUUUAUGGAGCAGAUUUUAUCAGCUUGCAAGAAGGAAGAUCAUCUUGUGGUGGGCUGCCAAAGUGGUGUAAGGUCUGUAUAUGCAACUACCGAUCUUCUUAACGAGGGGUUCAAACAUGUGUAUAAUUUGGGAGGAGGCUAUGCUGCAUGGGUAGAGAAUGGUUUUGCUGUGACGAGGCCAAAAGCAGAGCUGUAAUCUAUUAAAUUGACUAUGACACUUCCAUUGCAUGCAUCAACAAUGGAGAUUCUGAUUUCCCCAGCAAAAUACAUUUGAUUUAUUGUUAUAUCAUAAACAAUAAAUUUAUCAAUAAUUUAGCAACUUAAAAUUAUAAUCUGGUCUCCU